GUCAGGGUGGCAGCCUAUGCGGCGCACAGUCCGAUCCCGCGGACACUGGCCAAGUGGUUUGGUUCGGAAGGGGAGGGAGGGAGGGAGGACGGGGUGGGGCCGGGGAGGGCGUCAGCGAUAGGGAGGUGGAGCCGGAUGGAGGCGAGGGCUGGCACUGAUGGGCCACUCCCCAAAGCAACGCCGACGGAGGCGGCCGAGCUACCGAGAGGCACCGCCGACUACCCCACCACCCUCCACCCAAUGCCCCAAACCCGGGAACGAGACAGGCACCAGACUCACCGGACAAGCCCCUGACCCCCCACCCCCACCCCCACCAACAACCGAGGAAUGGAGUCCUUCAGUUCCAAGGACCUGGCGAUGAGAGCCCAGAAGAAGAUCCUGAGCCGGAUCGCCAACAAGUCGCUGGCGCAGUUCCUGAUCGACGACACCAGCGCCGAGAUCCUAGACGAGCUCUACCACGUCUCCAAGGAAUUCACCGGCAACCGGGCCAAGUCGCAGAAGGUGCUAAAGGACCUGGUGAAGGUGGCUGUGAAGAUCGCCGUGCUGUACCGCCACCAGCAGUUCAGCGACCACGAGCUGGGCCUGGCCAACGACUUCCGCCGCAAGCUGCGCCAGGGAGCCAUGACCGCCAUCAGCUUCCACGAGGUGGCCUUCACCUUCGAGGCACAGGUGAUGACCCAGCUGCUGGGAGACUGCCGCGACCUUCUCCUGCGCCUGGUCGACGGCCACCUCACCCCCAAGUCCCACGGUCGCAUCCGACACGUCUUCGACCACUUCGGCAACGACGAGCUCCUCGUCAAGCUCUACAGCGACCAGGACCCCUACCACGCCCACCUGCAGAAGAUCUGCCAGGGUUUGGGAAAGCUGCUCGAGGACGGCACCCUAUAGACGGAGGAGGGGGAGAGGGGGUUGAUUAGGGAGUGGGGUGCCGAGGGACCCCCUCCCCGAGGACACAGGGACAAUAAAAUUGAUACCCACCCACCAUCGGGCGAGGGUUGGCGGCCCAGGGAGCCGGGUGCGAUUUUUUCUGUUAGCCUCUCCAAAGGCACUUCAAUGCGCCGAUGGAUAUGAAUCACCGGAAUAAAAGGCACUGCACGCUCUU